AUGGUGCGCACCUUUGAGCGCCAAGCGGUUCCUGGUGCUGCGGUGUACCACAUUACCUCUCCGCCUGCAGAAACGCCGCUUGAGCAAGUCACCAAAGGCUCGAAGCAAGCGUCGCGCCGAAACGUUCGAGACGUUCGUGCAAGGACAGGCGCGCACGCUGCACAGAUCCAACUGCUGCAGGACCUUGAGUUUCCUGGAUCGUGUGUGCGAGUUCGCUCGACACCUUCCGGUACGCACUUGGUUGCAGUUGGGACAUACCCACCGCAGCUGCGAGUUUUCGAGUUUGCAGAGCUGGGUCUCAAGUUUGUGCGCCACUUUGACGCUGCACCUGUGGAUCUUCUCGUUCUUGAAGACGACUGGCGAAAGCUGGCUAUUCUACGAAACGAUCGAUUUAUUGAGUUGCACUCGCAGGGCGGCUUGCACGAGAAGGUGCGUAUUCCGCAUGCUGGGCGAGCCUUGGCCUAUCACCCGAGCAACUGUGACUUGUACGUUGCCGCGGCUGGGUCUCGCGUGUAUCGCUUGAACCUUGACGAGGGUCGGUUCUUGCCGCCCCUAGAAACAUUUUCCGCGAGUAACGAGACUCUGCAGCUCAACAAAGAAUUUAACUUGCUCGGAGCUGGCGGUGACUCGGGGUUUUAUGAAGUGUUCGAUCCGCGCGAAGAACCGCAUCGGCGAGCGGGCUGCUUCAAUCCUGCCAAGCAUGCAACAGAACUCGGGAACAGCACUGUGACCUGUUCCGUGUUUCAGGGUCUACAUCUUGGUGUUGGGCUGGAUGACGGGACACUACUGCUGUAUGAUAUUCGAUCAGAACGACCACUUGGGGUACGGUCGCUCGGCUUUGGCCUCCCCGUGCAGUCGGUCAGCAUCCACGUUGGCGCACACGAGCCGAAUCGUUCCUGGCUAGUUGCAGCGGACAGAAAAUGCGUGAAAAUUUUCGGUGACCUCCGAUUAGAGGACGCACCCUUUCUGAGUUUCGAGACUCCUGCUGAUAUCGAGCAGCUGGAGACCUCAUUCGGCGGCGCCGGACUCGUCAUGGCAGCUUGUUCAGAUCGACCUGUUCAUUGCUAUUUUAUACCAGCACUUGGCCCGGCUCCGAAAUGGUGUGCCUAUCUGGAACAUUUGACAGAGGAACUCGCGGAAUCGACGGUUUCGCAGCAGGAUUCGGUCGUGGCGAUCUAUGACCACUAUCGGUUUGUGACUCGAGACGAACUCUCCGCUCUGGGACUGGAAUCGCUCCUCGGAUCUGAUGCUUUAAUUCCUCAUCUGCACGGGUUUUUGAUUGAACUUUCCUUGUAUCGGAAGACUCGAUCGGCCAUAAAUCCCGCCGAGUAUGAGGAAUGGCGUCGUUUGCGCAUUCAAGAGCGAAUCGCCCAACAGCAGCAGCAGCGCAUCAGAGCUGUGGAUUCGCAGAAGAACCGCACCUCGAGUCGCCGACGAGAGAAAGAUGAUGAACGAUUCCGAGCUCGAUUUACGGACGCUGAUUUUGCCGUCAACGAAUCCCAUGAGCGCUGGCGUCGAUUACAUGCCUCGAACAAAGCGUAG